GAGGGGAACGAAAGGUGUCGGAAGGGAAGAAUGACGGAGAGUUGCAUCCGAACCGUCGUAGAAGCCAUUCACUCCUCUUCUUUCCAAGCCGUUCUGCAUCUCACCGGCGGAGCAUCUCAGACGGUGGGUUCGUUGCUAUCAGUUCCCGGUGCUUCAAACACUGUGCUCGAAGUUGUGGUUCCUUACUCUAAGAUGUCUCUCAUACAGUUACUUGGAAAGAUUCCAUCCCAGUUUUGCAGCCAACAGACGGCCGAAGAUAUGGCUUUAUUGGCUUAUAAUCGCGCUCUUAAGCUCUCUACGCCAGGGUCCCCAGUUGUUGGCGUGGGUUUCACUGGCUCUUUGGCUAGCAGUCGUCCAAAACUCGGGGAACACCGACUUUACAUGUCAACAAGAACAGCUGACCAACUGUGGAUAUCAAGAGUGACCUUGACUAAGGGGCUUCGCACACGAGAAGAAGAAGAUGGAGUUUCUAGUCAUCUUUUGAUCAAGGCAAUUGCAAAUGCAUGCAAAAUUCGUGCAGCAUCAAUUUCAGUGUUGAGUGAAUCAGAUGUAUCGGAUGAAUGUGUAACACAUUUCAAUGAAGAUCAGCAGUUAGAGCAACUUAUAAAUGGUCAAAUAUGCUUUAAAAUUUACCCAUUUUUAAAUGAGAUACCGGCUGAAAGAAAAAUAAUAAUGCCUGGUUCUUUCAAUCCAUUACAUGAUGGGCAUCUCAAGCUUAUGGAAGUUGCUACUCGACAUAUAUGCAGCAUUUGUCGUGAUGGGUAUCCUUGCUUUGAAAUAUCUGCUGUCAAUGCAGACAAACCUCCAUUGUCAGUGUCUCAGAUCAAAGACCGUGUCAAACAAUUUGAAAAAAUUGGUAAAACAGUAAUUAUAUCGAAUCAGCCUUAUUUUUAUAAGAAGGCUGAACUUUUUCCAGGCAGUGCUUUUGUAAUUGGAGCUGACACGGCAGUGAGGCUUAUUAAUCCUAAAUAUUAUGACGGUGACUACUACAAGAUGUUGAAGAUACUGAUUGGAUGUAAAGAAACAGGAUGCACUUUCCUUGUGGGUGGUCGGAAUGUAGAUGGUGCUUUCAAGGUUCUAGAUGAUAUUGAUGUUCCAGAAGAACUAAAAGACAUGUUCGUCUCCAUUCCAGCAGAGCAGUUCCGCAUGGAUAUAUCCUCCACUGAAAUAAGAAAUGCAAGUGCGAUGUAAAUAAUUUUAUGGCUAUAGAUCAGUAUAUACUCAACGAUGAAAUUACUGACGAUAAAAAAGUGAGAUGAAAUUUUAUGACUAUCUUUGUCAUAUACUAGGCAUUUAUCAUGUAAGAAAAAAAUGAUGACAUACUUUUGGUGUCAUGAUCAUGAACGCUGCGGUUUUGAAAAUAACUGUUGAGCAUAGUGAUUCGUAAAAGUAUGUGUCAGAGGGACAGAACAUUCAUGCAUAAGACACGACGCUUAAAUUCGGAAGGUGGAGGUGUGCCUGUUUCAUGUACAUUGUUUCGUAGUUUUCCUAUAGCUAUCAGACAAAAAUGUCUUGGCAAUGUUGAUUGAAUGAGUGGAGGAUGAUUUAGAUA